GCCGGCAGCCCCUCGGCUGCGGCUAUCCCGCCCGCCCGCCACCCCUCCUAUCUCCUCAGCCGCGGCGUCCUGGGGGCUGGAGGGGCCGGGGAGGAGCGACCCCGGGCCCGCACCGGUCUGCGUCCUGCGAUCCCUCCGCCCCUUACCUGACAGCUUAUCUGCGAUGGUGAAAUGAAGAGUAAUUCAAGAUGAGCAAGUUAAAAGUGAUACCAGAGAAAAGCCUUACAAAUAACUCUCGGAUUGUGGGACUCCUGGCUCAGCUGGAGAAGAUCAAUACUGAAUCUACAGAAUCAGAUACUGCCAGACAUGUUACAUCAAAAAUUCUUCAUCUGGCUCAGAGUCAAGAAAAAACAAGGAGAGAAAUGACAGCCAAAGGUUCUACAGGAAUGGAAGUUCUGCUGUCAACAUUAGAGAACACGAAAGAUCUUCAAACUACUCUUAAUAUCUUAAGCAUUCUUGUUGAGCUGGUGUCAGCUGGUGGAGGUCGAAGAGCGAGUUUCUUAGUCUCCAAAGGCGGUUCACAAAUAUUAUUACAGUUACUUAUGAAUGCCAGCAAAGAAUCUCCCCUGAAUGAGGAGUUAAUGGUGCAGAUUCAUUCCAUUCUUGCAAAAAUUGGACCGAAAGACAAAAAAUUUGGAGUGAAAGCUAGAAUUAAUGGAGCUCUAAAUAUAACCCUGAAUUUGGUCAAACAGAAUUUGCAGAAUCAUCGCUUGGUUUUGCCUUGUGUUCAGCUUUUACGAGUAUAUGCUGCCAACUCUGUGAAUUCUGUAUCCUUAGGGAAAAAUGGAGUUGUGGAACUGAUGUUUAAAAUCAUCGGACCAUUUAGUAAGAAGAAUUCCAGUCUUAUGAAGGUUGCUUUAGACACUCUUGCUGCAUUGCUAAAAUCAAAAACAAAUGCCAGGAGAGCUGUAGACAGAGGAUAUGUCCAAGUCCUUUUAACAAUUUAUGUAGAUUGGCACCGCCAUGAUAAUCGGCAUAGAAACAUGCUCAUUCGAAAAGGAAUUUUACAGAGUUUAAAAAGUGUUACAAGCAUCAAGUUGGGAAGAAAAGCAUUUAUUGAUGCCAAUGGGAUGAAAAUUCUUUAUAACACUUCGCAAGAAUGUUUGGCAGUCAGGACCCUUGAUCCUCUUGUCAACACCUCCAGUCUGAUAAUGAGGAAGUGUUUCCCUAAAAAUCGCCUGCCACUCCCAACGAUUAAAAGUUCUUUCCAUUUCCAGUUACCAGUUAUUCCUGUGACUGGACCUGUGGCCCAGCUCUACAGUUUACCCCCUGAAGUGGAUGACGUAGUAGAUGAAAGUGAUGACAACGAUGAUAUUGAUUUAGAAGCUGAAAAUGAAACCGAAAAUGAAGAUGACCUAGAUAAAAAUUUUAAGAAUGAUGAUAUUGAAACGGAUAUUAACAAACUAAAACCCCAGCAAGAACCAGGACGAACAAUAGAAGAACUUAAAAUGUAUGAACACCUUUUCCCUGAGCUUGUUGAUGAUUUUCAGGACUAUGAUUUAAUCUCCAGAGAACCAAAAGCUUUUGUAUUUGAGGGAAAAGUGCGUGGCCCUAUUGUUGUUCCCACGGCAGGAGAGGAAGCAUCUGGGAAUUCCGGCAAUUUAAGAAAAGGAGUUGUAAUGAAGGUGACUGUGUCUCCUAAAGGAGAUGAAGAUAAUAAGAAACCAGCCUGUGCGGUUCUGGCAAAAGAAGACAUUAAAGAUAAUGACAGAACAUUACAACAGCAGCUAGGUGAUCAGAACAGAACUAUUUCAUCGGGCCAUGGCUUAAACAAUGAUAUUGUGAAGGCCUUGGACCGAAUUACAUUGCAGAAUAUUCCUUCUCAAACAGCCCCGGGUUUUACUGCAGGAACGAAGAAGGACUGCAGUCUCCCUGUCACUGCCCUGACGUGCGCUAACGCAUGUUCACACGUGGCUACUUGUGGGAAUGUUCUGUUUGAGGGAAGAACUGUUCAGCUAGGCAAGCUUUGCUGUACUGGAGUCGAGACUGAGGAUGAUGAAGACACUGAGUCUACUGCAUCAGUGGAACAAGCAUUAGUUGAAGUUCCUGAUGGACCAACACUCCACGACUCAGAUCUUUAUAUUGAGAUUGUGAAAAGUACAAAGUCUGUCCCAGAAUAUUCAGAGGUGGCUUAUCCUGAUUAUUUUGGUCACAUUCCUCCUCCAUUCAAAGAGCCUAUUUUGGAAAGGCCUUACGGUGUACAAAGGACAAAAAUUGCCCAAGAUAUUGAGAGGCUAAUACAUCAGAGUGAUAUAAUAGAUCGAGUGGUAUAUGACUUAGAUAACCCAAAUUACACCACUCCAGAAGAAGGAGAUAUUUUGAAGUUUAACUCCAAAUUUGAAUCUGGGAAUCUGCGCAAAGUAAUUCAAAUUAGAAAAAAUGAAUAUGACCUUAUCCUGAACUCAGAUAUAAAUAGUAAUCAUUAUCAUCAGUGGUUUUACUUUGAAGUCAGUGGAAUGCGACCAAGCAUUGCUUAUAGGUUCAACAUCAUUAACUGUGAAAAGUCCAACAGUCAAUUUAAUUAUGGUAUGCAACCACUCAUGUAUUCGGUUCAGGAAGCGUUAAAUGCUAGACCAUGGUGGAUUCGUGUGGGGACUGACAUUUGUUACUAUAAAAAUCACUUCUCAAGAAGUUCAAUUGCUGCAGGUGGGCAAAAGGGAAAAUCCUACUAUACAAUUACAUUCACUGUCAUUUUUCCACAUAAAGAUGAUGUGUGCUAUUUUGCUUAUCACUAUCCAUAUACGUAUUCAACUUUACAGAUGCAUCUUCAAAAAUUGGAAUCAGCACACAAUCCUCAGCAAAUCUAUUUUCGAAAAGAUGUGUUAUGUGAAACCCUGUCUGGAAACAGCUGUCCCUUGGUGACUAUAACAGCAAUGCCAGAGUCUAAUUAUUAUGAACAUAUCUGUCAAUUCAGAAAUCGCCCUUACGUUUUCUUAUCUGCUCGGGUGCAUCCUGGAGAGACUAAUGCAAGUUGGGUAAUGAAAGGAACAUUGGAGUAUCUCAUGAGUAAUAACCCUACUGCUCAGAGCUUACGAGAAUCCUAUAUUUUUAAAAUUGUCCCUAUGCUAAAUCCAGAUGGUGUCAUCAAUGGAAAUCACCGCUGUUCUUUAAGUGGAGAGGAUUUGAAUAGACAGUGGCAAAGUCCAAAUCCAGAUUUACAUCCUACAAUUUAUCAUGCCAAGGGUCUGCUGCAAUAUCUGGCUGCAGUGAAGCGUUUACCACUGGUUUAUUGUGAUUAUCAUGGCCACUCCCGAAAGAAGAAUGUAUUUAUGUAUGGCUGCAGCAUCAAAGAGACAGUGUGGCACACGAAUGACAAUGCAGCUUCAUGUGAUGUUGUGGAAGAUAUGGGAUACAGGACUUUGCCUAAGAUUCUGAGCCACAUUGCCCCAGCAUUUUGCAUGAGCAGCUGUAGCUUCGUAGUAGAAAAAUCUAAAGAAUCUACAGCACGUGUUGUAGUUUGGAGAGAGAUAGGAGUACAAAGAAGCUAUACCAUGGAGAGUACUUUGUGUGGCUGUGAUCAGGGAAAAUAUAAGGGUUUACAGAUUGGUACUCGAGAAUUGGAAGAGAUGGGAGCAAUUUGUGUUGGUCUAUUGCGUUUGAAAAGACUGACAUCCCCACUGGAAUAUAAUCUGCCUUCUAGCCUGCUUGACUUUGAAAAUGACUUGAUUGAAUCGAGCUGCAAAGUAACUAGCCCCACCACUUAUGUUUUGGAUGAAGAUGAACCUCGAUUCCUUGAAGAAGUUGAUUACAGUGCAGAAAGUAAUGAUGAGUUAGAUAUUGAAUUGGCUGAAAGUGCAGGAGACUAUGAACCUUCUGCACAAGAAGAAGUACUUUCUGACUCUGAAUUAUCAAGAACAUACCUACCUUGAGCCCUUUGCCAUCUCUUGUGAACUGCAAAGAAGAAAUGAAAUAUCUUGGUUUUCAUUACACAGGAAGUUUGAGAGCAAUGAGUGUAUAGAGAGGUGACUCAGAAAGACAGAAAGCAGCUUGGGCCUGUUUGGUUUCAAGACAAUAAAUAUGUUAUUAAUUCAUGAUGAAAUUGGCACUUGUUUUAUUUUAGAUAUUCAAUGCACUUUACAUAGCAUUGAAGUAUCAAAUAUUGGAUUUACUUUUUCAAAACCUGAGUAUCAUUGCAUGAAUUUUUAUCUCCUUAUGGUUAUAUCCUGCAUCAAAUGGAUAACUUUGAAGUGUGUGAGAAUAUGAAAUCUAAAUUCUAGAGUUGUUGAGAAUCCUGGGUUGUUGAAAACUAAUAUGUAUGUACAUGGAUUCCUGUAGAUGUGUCUGUGUAAGGGUGGGUAGAUAUUGAAGAUAAGACUGUUCUUCAAAAUCAUGUUAACUGUUGAGUUGUGACUGAAAUACUCCAGAGUUUUCCUUGAAACCAUUACAUUCUACAUUUACCAAGUUGAACAAAUAAAAGCUCUAUUAAAUGUUGCAUUCAUUUUUUCAUUCUUUUUAACCAGCUCAGAUUAUUUGGUCUAUAGAAUCUUUGGGGGAAUAUUAUGAUAAUCUGACAUCUGAAAACAUUGACAAAAAUUUGUAAAAAAAAAUGCUUAAUUUACUAGUGUUAAGUUUUUUUUGUUU